AAGAAGGUUCGUGAGGGAGAAAAAAACUUUUGUCCAUCGUGAUCAGGCGUCUAGUGUCAUUGUCGAGGACACCCUUUUGAUUGUUUUAUUUUGUUUGUUUGACAUUUAAAAGUCAUAAAAUUUAUUACCAUGGCCCGGUUAGUUUUGCUAAUUGCUGCGGGCCUUUUAUUAUAUUCAGCAAUAUCAGUGAAGGCUCAAGAAGUGUCUGAAUUAUUUGAUUGCUUUUAUAACAAUGAUAGUCUUGAGUGUGCCAAAAAAACCACAGAUGAAGCACUUCAAAAAAUUGAAUCUGAGAUCACUGGUAAAAAAAAUCCCGUUGCCUUCAGCAAGGUUAUUGAGAAGGCCGGAAGCUUGAUGAUCGAUGGUGUUAAUGCUGUCUUCAAUCAUGAGCACAAUGCUACUGAGAUUCUAAAUGAUACUCAUGCACGUGAAUCGAGAAAAAAGAAAUUUGGAAAGAAAAAGAAACUUUUACUUAAGUUGAUACCACUUUUUAUGGCUAUAAAAGCUAAAAUUAGUUUAAUUCUCCAGUUUAUCUCGACGCAUUUCCAGUUAAAAUUUUUCGCUAUUGCCGUUGUCAGUCUCAUAAUUAACUUUAUUCGUCUAUGGUUGGAAAUAAAAAGGUCUCACACACCAGCUAAAGUCAUUUAUUACGAGCAUGCACAGCAUCAACAUCAUUAUGAUACUGAUGAUGAGCAUAGUUAUUGGAAGAGACGAUCAAAUGAUGAUGAUGAAACUUCUACACAAUUGGCUUAUCGUGCUUGGAUGCCAAAAGAACGGCAAUAAAACUGAUAAUCAAACUGAAUCUAAAAAAGCUUUCAAAUUUUUAAAGUUUUAUUUUUGGCUAUUUAACUGGCCAAAUGCCGAAUAAAUAUAAGCCCAUCGUUCCACAACUUGUUAAGUAUACUUUCUCGUGGAAUGUGCCGAGCCCAUUUUUGGAUUGUUCCACUAUAAUUCGAAAUUUAAAUUCUCAAUGCAGCGUCAAUGAUUUUAAAUUACCGUUAUACCAAAGUUAAUGACGUAUAAAAAUCUAUGUUCGUAGAAAAUAAAAUUUCACAAAUGAUAAAAAAUUAUUUUCUGUCUAAAAAAAUAUUUUUAGAGAAAAAUAAUUUUUUAAAUAUA